AUGAACAGGAGGAAGAAAGAUUUCGGGAUAGGAUACAAUGAAAGCGAAUUCUACGAUGGGAAGAUGAAAAAGUCAAUGUCGUCGGCAUCUAUAACAUCAUCGGUGAAAGAGGAUAUGGAACCUGUGCAGUGUAGGUGCGGACUUACAAGCCCAAUUAUAACAUCCACUACUAUAAAAAAUCCUGGGAGGCGAUUCUAUGGGUGUGCUAUGUAUGACCGUAAAAAGAAAGUUGGCCAAUGUCGUUUUUUCCAAUGGUAUGACGAAGAAACUUGUGCUCGCGGAAGGGAGGUCCUACCUGCGUUGUAUAAACAAGUUGAUGGGGCAUUGAGGCAUGGGAAUGAGGCAAUUAGAUUAUUAUCAGUGGAAUAG